GAACGAAGAACCCAUGGGCCUCCUGAGGCGGCGGCUGCUGCUGCUGGUGGUGGUGGUGACGACCUGUGUCCCAGCCUCCCAGGGCCUGCGGUGCAUACAGUGCGAAAGUAACCAGGACUGCCUGGUGGAGGAGUGUGCCCUGGGCCAGGACCUCUGCAGAACCACGGUGCUUCGGGAAUGGGAAGACGCCGAGGAGCUGGAGGUGGUGACCAGAGGCUGUGCCCACAAGGAGAAGACCAACAGGACCAUGAGCUACCGCAUGGGCUCGGUGAUCGUCAGCCUCACCGAGACCGUGUGUGCCACAAACCUCUGCAACAGGCCCAGACCCGGAGCCCGAGGGCGACCUUUUCCCCGGGGCCGUUACCUUGAGUGUGCAUCCUGCACCUCUCUGGACCAGAGCUGUGAGAGGGGCCGGGAGCAAAGCCUGCAGUGCCGGUAUCCUACAGAACACUGUAUUGAAGUGGUGACGCUCCAAAGCACAGAACGGAGCGUGAAGGACGAACCCUACACCAAAGGCUGUGGCAGUCUUCCCGGAUGCCCGGGCACAGCAGGUUUCCAUAGCAACCAGACCUUUCACUUCCUGAAGUGCUGCAACUUCACCCAAUGCAAUGGUGGCCCAGUUCUGGAUCUUCAGAGCUUACCACCGAAUGGCUUCCAAUGUUACAGCUGUGAGGGGAACAGCACCUUUGGAUGUUCCUACGAAGAGACGUCCCUCAUUGACUGCCGGGGACCAAUGAAUCAGUGCUUGGAGGCUACAGGCUUAGAUGUGCUGGGAAACCGGAGUUACACCGUAAGAGGCUGCGCCACGGCUUCCUGGUGCCAAGGUUCCCACGUGGCCGACUCCUUCCAGACCCACGUCAACCUCUCUAUCUCCUGCUGUAAUGGCAGUGGCUGUAACCGCCCUACAGGGGGCGCCCCCGGGCCAGGCCCUGCUCAUCUUAUCCUCAUUGCCUCCCUGCUCCUGACCCUCAGACUGUGGGGCAUCCCUCUCUGGACCUGAAUCCUGAGCCGUCUGCCCUGGCUGGACCCAGGGACUUUUGACCUCCUCCCCUCUGCUCCAUCUUUGAGGACAGGCGUGCUGUAUUGUCUUCUUGGGGCCUCAAGAACUGGAAGAGAAUUGAGAAAAGGGCUGCGGGCAGCAGGGGGCCUCUUGGUUGAGUUAAUAUUGUUGCUGUUAUUAUUAUUAUCAUUGUUAUUACCCUAAUUUAUUAUGUAAAUAUAUAUAUAAGAUUUUUGUACCAGUGAA